AGCGAACGGAAUCCGGGAAAGUGGCUGCGCAAGGAGCGAAGUUUUUCCAGGGCAGAGAGGCUGAACAAGGCGAGAACGCCCUGGGAAGACUCAAGGCGCCGGCGGCCGGGACCGGGCUGAGGAGUCUGCGGUGGCUUGGGGGACAGCGGUCGGCGACUGAGGACGUCAAGGAAAAGUGGGUGUAGGAUCUCGGGGGUGAGCGUAGGGAGCCCCACGCGCGGCUUUUACGCAGGCUCGGGUCUCCGUUUAUUCUGGGGCUGUCCGGGGCCAAUGCGUCGUCAGCUCUAGGGGACCAGCUGAGGCCACUGUCCCUUAAGACCGCGGGAGUCCCCAGCACCUGUGGGCAUGGUGAAUGAAGAUCGCAACCAACAGGAGUGCGAUGGCACCCCUGCGCAGGAGUCCGCAGUCCGGGCGGACCCCAGCGUCUCUGCGGACCCCAGCAGUUCGGCCCACCCCGGCGGCUUGGCCCACCCCAGUAGCUCCGGCCCCGAGGACCUUAGCGUGAUCAAGGUGAGCAGGCGCCGGUGGGCGGUGAUCCUGGUGUUUAGCUGCUACUCCAUGUGCAACGCUUUCCAGUGGAUCCAGUACGGCUCCAUCAAUAACAUCUUCAGGAACUUCUACGGGGUUAGCGCCUUCGCCAUCGACUGGCUGUCCAUGUGCUACAUGCUAACCUACAUCCCUCUCGUCCUGCCUGUGGCCUGGCUGCUGGAGAAAUUCGGCCUGCGCACCAUCGCGCUCACCGGCUCUGCUCUCAACUGCCUGGGGGCCUGGGUGAAGUUGGGCAGCCUGAAGCCACAUCUCUUCCCAGUGACCGUGCUGGGCCAGGUCAUCUGUUCUGUAGCCCAGGUCUUCAUCCUGGGCAUGCCCUCCCGCAUCGCUUCCGUCUGGUUUGGGGCUAAUGAGGUUUCAACAGCCUGCUGCAUAGCUGUCCUUGGCAAUCAGCUUGGAAUUGGGCUUGGAUUCUUGGUCCCUCCUGUUUUGGUACCCAACACUGACGACCAGGAGAAGCUUGCCUACCACAUGAGCAUCAUGUUCUACAUAAUAGGAGGUGUAGCCACUCUGCUUUUCAUCCUUGUCAUCAUUGUAUUCAAGGAGAAGCCUAAACAUCCCCCCAGCAGGGCCCAAUCCCUGAGCUAUGACAUGGCAUCCCCUGAUGCUUCAUCCUCCAUCAUCCGGCUCUUCAAAAACCUCAACUUUAUGCUGCUUGUCUUCACUUAUGGUCUGAAUGCUGGUGCUUUUUAUGCCUUGUCCACUCUGCUGAAUCGCAUGGUGAUCUUGCACUACCCGGGGGAAGAAGUGAAUGCUGGAAGAAUCGGCCUGACCAUCAUCAUUGCGGGAAUGCUCGGGGCUGUGAUCACAGGCAUCUGGCUGGAUAGGACCAAGACCUACAAGGAGACAACCCUCGUGGUCUAUAUGACCCUGGUGGGCAUGGUGGUGUACACAUUGACCUUGAACCUGGGACACCUGUGGGUAGUGUUCAUCACCGCUGGCACAAUGGGGUAACUUAUGACUGGCUAUAUCCCGCUGGGAUUUGAGUUUGCUGUGGAGCUCACAUACCCAGAACCAGAAGCCAUGUCAUCUGGCUUCCUCAACGUGUCUCCCCAGGUAUUUGGGAUCAUUUUCACCAUCUCCCAGGGCCAGAUUAUCGAGAACUAUGGACCCAUGCCCGGGAACAUCUUUCUGUGUGUGUUCCUCACCCUUGGAGUAGUCCUCACUGCAUUCAUUAAGGCAGAUCUCCAGAGGCAGAAAGCAAAUAAGGAAACCCCUGAGAAUAAACUCCAAGAGGAGGAGGAGGAGGAGGAGGUGAUGAGCCAUACCAGCAAAGCCCCCACGACCGUCUCGGAGGAGCAUUUCUGAGAGAGAAAGGUGGUGGCGACUCAGGGAACACGAACACCCCCCACCUCUUCCGUCAGCACAGCUCACCGGCAGCACAGAGGUCUUCGCUGGAGCAGCUUUUGGAGGGAACCGGCUGGAAUAUUUGUGGCUUGGAUGGCAGUGCCUGUGCCUCCUGGAGCCCACUCAAGAGCUUAUGUAGUCAGGGAAAAGGGCACC